AUGGGUUCGCUCUGUUGUGUGGCUGCGAAGUCAGACAGAUCAAACUCUCCAAGUCAUGACUUUUCCUUUGGCCCUCAUGAGCCUUACUGGAGGACUAACUCAAGUUUCUCUCCACCUUCAUCGAGAUGGGAUCUCCAUGGUUUAACCGAUGGUGUUAGCUUCUAUGGAUCUUCCACAUCAUCAAACGCUAACGUUCUUCGUAGUCCCGACCUUGCACAGACUCUUCAUUGGACACCCAGUGACUUUGAAUCUGCAACAAGAAGAGAUCAAACUCCUAAGCGAUUUUUCCUGUCUAAGCCGGUUCAUCCUAUACUUCACCCUUCUGAUAACGCUAGAGAAAUAACGUCUGACUCUGCGGAUGCCUGCAGCUGGAGCAGCGAGACACCAAGCAGCAUCGAUUCCACGGAUGUUCCCGAGCCACUUCUUGAUGCACAACGAGUGGUGGCCUCAAGUACAUUUAAAUGCGGAUUGUGUAACAGAUACAUCUCGCAGAAGUCUCCUUGGGGAUCACGGUCCAUCAUGAGGAACAGAGACAUGCCUGUCACAGGAGUGCUUCCAUGUCAACACGUCUUUCACGCUGAAUGUCUUGACCAAUCUACUCCAAAGACUCACGGUAAUGACCCGCCUUGUCCGAUAUGCACCAAGCAGGAAGGAGAACACUCCAACAAAUCACACAAUAUUGGCCUGAGGCUUAAACCGCUUUGUGAAGAUGGGACGUCUACAAGACAAUGGGGAUGUGCUCAGGUUGGUGACUGUGUUGAGAGUGCUGUUAACGUGCCGCCGAGAAACACCAUGCUGAUGAUAAACAAGAACAGGAUAAGGAAGAAUCUCUCGUUGAGAGGAAACUCAAGCAAAGAUUCUCCAAGAAAAAUCAAGAAAAGUAACUCGUUUGCCUUGGAAAAUCAAGUGUCGCUUGUGCAUUCGAGAGGGAAACAGAAAGCAGCUUAA